AUGUCUUUAAAGAAAAGAGCUAGAGCGAAUUCUGUGGUUCAAGAAAAUGAUGACAAAAUGCCAAAAAUGAAUGGAUUAUACGAACCUGCAGCAGAAGCAGCUCCAACUUCACAUCUUGCUGAAAGUGGGAAGUGGAAGGAAUCAAUUGCUCGUGUAGUCCGUUGCGUUGUUUCUAUUCGCUUCAGUCAGGUUGCUUCAUUUGAUACGGAUGAAUCUGGCACAGGAGAAGCUAGUGCAUUCAUCGUGGAUGCUAAAAAUGGUUAUAUGUUAACCAACCGACACGUUGUGUGUGCAGGUCCCUUUAUCGGACAUGCAAUUCUGGAUAAUCAUGAAGAAGUUGAGGUAUACCCUGCUUAUCGCGAUCCAGUUCAUGAUUUUGGAUUUUUGCGAUUCGACCCCAAACGAAUUCGUUACAUGAACGUGGAACAAUUGGAAUUGCGUCCCGAUUUGGCCAAAGUGGGCGCAGAGAUUCGUGUUAUUGGUAAUGAUGCUGCUGAAAAGUUGAGUAUUCUAGCUGGUUGGAUUUCCCGAGUUGAUCGUAAUGUUCCCGACUAUGGUGAAUUAACGUACUGUGACUUCAACACAAACUAUAUUCAAGCUGCUGCCAACGCAAGCGGUGGCUCAAGCGGAAGUCCCGUUGUAGAAAGGAACGGGAAUGUCGUUGCUUUACAAGCAGGUGGUCACAUGAUUGCAGCUACCGAUUACUUUUUACCAUUGGACCGCCCAUUACGCGCUUUACGAUGCCUUCAAAACAAGAAACCUAUCACUAGAGGUAGUAUUCAAGCCCAGUUUUUGAUCAAGCCUUUUGACGAAUGCUCUCGCUUAGGAUUGGAUACAGCAAUUGAAGAACAAGUUAGAGGUCUGUUUCCCGGUGCGACAAGCAUGUUGGUCGUUGAAACGGUGCUUCCUGAAGGACCUUCUCACAAUAAAUUACAUGAAGGUGAUAUUCUUCUUCAUCUGAAUUCAAAAUACUUGAUUGAUCUUAUUGAGUUGGAAAGCAUUUUAGAUGAAUCCAUCGGUCAAGACAUUGUUCUUACCGUUCAACGUGGAAACAACAAAGUGGACGUCACCUGCAGAGUGCAAAGUACUCAUGAUAUUGCUCCUGACAAGUAUGUAGAAGUUUGUGGUGCAAAAUUCCAUAACCUAUCCUACCAACUUGCUCGUCAAUAUGCCUUGCCAGUAAAAGGUGUUUUUAUUAGUGAGCCUGCUGGUUCUUUCCGUUUGGAAGGUCCAGAAUACUGCUAUUUGCUUGAAAGUGUGGCGUAUAAACCGGUUCCCGACUUAGAUGCCUUCAUCAAUGUCAUGAAGACCAUUCCUGACCGUUCGCGUGUUGCUGUUGGCUAUCGUUUUAUUCACGACAAACACUCUUUGGUUACAGAUGUCAUUGAAGUCGACCGUCAUUGGGCUAAAGCUUUUCGUUUAGCUACUAGAAAUGACGAAAGUGGUUUCUGGGACUUCCAAAAUCUUGGUGAUCCUUUACCUGCAAAACCUAACGUUCCAUGCACCACAUCUAUUCCCAAACUUAAUGUGGAGAACUUUGGCCCUACUGCUGACAUCAAUAAUUGCUUUGUUAAAAUUACUUGUUAUAUGCCCAUUCAUUUGGAUGGCUAUCGAAAAAGUAGAAAACAAGGAACUGCUCUAGUUUUGGAUAAGGAAAAUGGUAUUGCCGUCACAAGCCGAUGCACUGUGCCUUAUGCUUUGGGAGAUUUGACGAUCACGGUUGCCGAUUCUAUACAAAUUCCAGCUGAGGUUUUACAUCUUCACCCAACCCAAAACUUAACUUUUAUUAAAUACGAUCCCAAAUUGUUAGGUGAAACUCCUAUCAAGGCGGCCGAGUUGCGCAACCAUUAUGUCUCUCAAGGCGAUAACGUAAAUUUCUUUGGAUUCAAUUCCAAAUCUAGAGUUGUCGCUACAAGGACCUCCGUGACCGACGUUAUCACUAUGGUUAUUCCUCCCAAUCCAAUGCCACGAUUCAGAGCUGUCAAUUUCGAGUCAAUAACUAUUGAAUCUGGUCUCGGAUCACAAUGUGGAUCCGGUGUCCUAACAGACGACGAAGGCCAAGUUGUUGCUCUUUGGCUUACCCACUAUGGUGAGCAGACAAGCCGCGGUACCGAUGUGAAGUAUCAUCUAGGUUUGGCAUCUCCUGUCGUCUUAUCAACCCUAAGACGAUUACAGGAUAAUGUUAACCCACAUAUCAGAAUUUUAAAUGUAGAAUUCCGUGCUAUUCAAUUAGCUCAUGCGAGGAGUAUGGGAUUAUCCGCCGAACGUAUACAGCAGAUUGAAAGUGCAAACGAAAAGCGCCAUCAACUCUUUAUGAUUACUCAUGUUGAGGCAAAUACUCCUCGUGUUUUAACUGAUGGAGAUGUAAUUUUAAGCGCUAACGGAAAACCUGUGACGCGUGUUCAGGAUAUUGAAGCUGAAGAUGUUGAAGAAAUAGAGAUGGACAUUCUUCGUGAAGGAAAGGAAGUGAAUAUUAAGGUACCUACUUUCUCUACCGAAAACUGUGAAACAAAUAGGGUGAUUAUAUGCUGGGGUGCUACGAUUCAAGCUCCACACAGAGCUGUUCGUCUCCAAUGUGAGGGCCUACCGUCUAAUGUAUUUGUCACAAAUCGCAGUAGAGGCUCACCUGCGGAUCAGUAUGACUUGGGUAUUGCUCAAUUUAUCACUGCCAUCAAUGGUGUCCCUACUUUAGACCUUGAAAGUUUUGUUCGUGAAGUUCGCAAAGUUCGGGAUAAUUCGUAUGUAAGGGUGAGUACAGUAACGUUUGACAAGGUACCCGUUAUUUUGACCAUUAAAAUGAAUGAGCACUAUUUCCCUACUCUUGAUUUGGUGCGUGACUCUGAUGCUGAAGUUGGUUGGCGGGCAGUACAAUAUGAUGCUGGGGUUGAAGAAGAUAAUCCUUCAAUGGGUUUAAUCAUUGAGGAAGAUGUGGAUACCAAUUCUGCUGCUGCAGACUAA